GAUAUAAGCACCAUGGGAGAAGAAGACUAAAAAUUCAUCAUGAUUGGAGGCCUGUUCAUUUAUAAUCAUAAGGGAGAGGUUUUAAUCUCCCGGGUCUACAGGGACGACAUUGGGCGGAAUGCAGUGGAUGCUUUCCGAGUCAAUGUCAUCCAUGCACGACAGCAAGUCCGUUCGCCGGUCACCAACAUCGCUCGCACCAGCUUCUUCCAUGUCAAACGUUCCAAUAUCUGGCUGGCUGCCGUCACCAAGCAAAAUGUCAAUGCUGCGAUGGUCUUUGAGUUCCUCUACAAAAUGUGUGAUGUGAUGACUGCCUAUUUUGGAAAAAUCAGCGAAGAGAACAUCAAGAACAACUUCGUGCUUAUCUAUGAGCUUCUGGAUGAAAUCCUGGACUUUGGUUACCCUCAGAACUCUGAAACAGGAGCCCUGAAAACAUUCAUCACCCAACAAGGAAUCAAGAGCCAGACUAAGGAAGAACAAUCUCAAAUUACCAGCCAGGUAACUGGCCAGAUCGGCUGGAGGCGCGAAGGGAUCAAAUACCGUCGCAAUGAACUCUUCCUUGAUGUUCUGGAGAGCGUGAACUUGCUAAUGUCGCCGCAAGGCCAGGUGCUGAGCGCCCACGUCUCGGGCAGAGUGGUGAUGAAAAGCUACCUAAGUGGAAUGCCUGAAUGUAAGUUUGGCAUGAACGACAAGAUUGUAAUUGAGAAACAAGGCAAGGGGACCGCGGACGAAACAGGGAAAAGUGGGAAGCAGUCCAUUGCCAUUGACGACUGCACUUUUCACCAGUGUGUGAGACUCAGCAAGUUUGACUCGGAGAGGAGUAUCAGCUUCAUCCCACCCGACGGAGAGUUUGAGCUCAUGAGGUACCGAACCACUAAGGACAUUAUCUUGCCGUUCCGUGUCAUCCCCCUGGUACGUGAGGUGGGGCGCACCAAACUGGAGGUGAAGGUGGUGAUCAAAUCUAACUUUAAGCCUUCCCUCUUGGCUCAGAAGAUAGAGGUGCGAAUCCCGACUCCUCUCAAUACUAGUGGUGUACAAGUCAUCUGCAUGAAAGGAAAGGCAAAAUACAAGGCCAGCGAGAAUGCCAUUGUCUGGAAAAUCAAAAGGAUGGCUGGAAUGAAAGAGUCUCAGAUCAGCGCAGAGAUAGAACUGCUUCCAACCAACGACAAGAAAAAAUGGGCCCGGCCACCCAUCUCUAUGAACUUUGAGGUUCCCUUUGCGCCUUCCGGGCUGAAGGUGCGCUACCUGAAAGUCUUUGAGCCAAAGCUGAACUACAGUGACCACGAUGUGAUCAAAUGGGUGAGAUACAUCGGCAGGAGCGGGAUCUACGAGACAAGAUGCUAGCCCUGUGCAGCUCUCUCUCUC